CGACCAUUGAAAUUCAGUUCACGGACUCACGCUGAAGUGGAGAGGAUGCCAGAUUAGUAGAGGGGAGGCAAACAGAGUGGUUUCCCACCGACUGUGUUCCAGCGCCUGUACAGAGGAACUUAACAACCCGUUUCUGGGUGAAGGAGGUUUGAGCCUGACCUCCUCCAGAGAAAGCGCUCGUUUGGGCUCCCUCCAUCCUUCGGGGCUGUAUCAGGUGUCCAGGUGUCGCUGAACCAGAGCUGAAGCGAUGUCACAGGGAAGCUGCUGCAUAGUCUGCAGCCGCGGCUUGUACAGUUGCAAUUGGAAGCGCUCGAGUGCACCAGGGAAACGAGCAGGCUGCUGGUUCUCGGCUGUCUCUCUGGUGUCCCUGCUCUCCCUGAUCUGGAUGUACAUCUGCAUGGUCACGUUUAACGACAGAGAAGAAGUGAACGGGGAGGGCUUUGGAAUACUGAAGCGAUGGGUGAAUUAUUUCAUGGUGGUGAUCAUCUUUUCUGCAGUGCUAACCAGCUACUGUGUUCUGCUGCUGCUCUUCGCAUUGGUCCAAGUCGCCUUAAGGGAGCCGCUCAACCUUCACUGGCUACAUAAGAUCUUCUUAUCCUUCGGCGGGAUACUCAUCGUUUCCGGAGUCGCGUUACUUUGCACCGGGUGGCAAAAAGAAUGGCCGACUAUUCCUCUCUCACUGCAGGCCACGGCUCCUUUCUUGCAGUUCGGCGCCGUCGGAGCGUUGACCCUGCUGAGCGUGUUUGUCUUCAGGGGCUUCCACAUGGCGAAGGAAAAAUGGUCGAGGAUCCUGAUCGCGGCGACGUUUGCGGCGCUGGCGGCGGCCAUCUUCCUGUGUCCCCUGGGCAUCCGGUCCCCUUGUCUGAUAGAGCACGACGAAUUGCCCGAAAAACCGAAGCUCAUUGGUCACCGCGGGGCCCCCAUGCUGGCCCCGGAGAACACCAUGAUGUCCUUCGAAAGGAGCCUCGCAUGCGGUGUGACGGCCUUUGAGACGGACGUGCAAGUCAGUAAAGACAGAAUUCCCUUCUUGAUGCACGACCACAACUCUGGGUUCUUGCUGAGAACAACGAACGUCAAAGACAAGUUUCCCAAUGAAGACUUCAGCCACAGCUCCAACCUGACCUGGGAGGCGUUGCAGAGUCUCAACGCAGGCAAAUCGUUCUUGAAGGCGGAUCCUUUCCGUUCAGUGUCCCAGCUCUCGGAGGAGGAGAAGGAAACGGCCAGAAACCAGAGCAUCCCCUCCUUGCGUCAGCUCCUCGACCUGGCCAAGCAGCACAACGUCUCCGUGAUCUUUGACCUUUAUAGUACCAACCAGGAAAAUGACACAGUGGACACCGUCGACGCCAUCCUGAAGUCUCGCAUCGACCCGAGUCUGGUCCUCUGGCUUCCUCCAGAAGAACGAGAAUAUGUGAAUAAGAGCGCUCCGGGCUUCAUCCAUGUCUACAAUGACGAAGCUGUCAUGCGCAAAGAAGGAGGGAACCACCUGAAUCUGAAAUACAGCAAGUUUAAUUCAGAAGAGAUCAGGGCGCUUCCCGGCGCGGGGGUCACGGUGAACCUGUGGGUGGUCAACGAGCGCUGGCUGUUCUCCCUGAUGUGGUGUGCGGGGGCCAGCUCCGUUACCACCAACUCCUGCCACCUGCUGAAGGACAUGGAGCGGCCCGACUGGUUCAUGUCACCGCUCACUUACCAGAUGACGUGGAUCACGGUGGACCUUGUGUCUGUUGUGGUGAUGACCGGGCUCUUCUUCUUUCAGCGGAAAAGGCAUUGUCUCUGCAAAAGAAAAGGGGCAGCUUCAGCCUGGAAGGAGAAGGAAGUGUUCCCCUUGUUGGCCCUACUUCAGUCAAAUAAAUCCUGAUUAUCGACGCAGGAAAGAUGUGUCUAUACUGUAAUCUGAGCCAAAAUCACUGUUUUCUACACGGUCCUGUGUGUGUAUUCUAUCCUCGACAUUAUAAAUAUUCUCGGUUCUUCAUGUAACCUGCGUGUCUUUUUGUCCUCUGAUCAUUUGUGUGUGAAACACGGGUCACGUUUUCUACUAGUUUCACUCGGGUAUAAAAAGGACCGUAACAUGUAGUACAAUACUUUUUAUGCAUUGUGGCAUUUCUACUUCAUGUAAAUAAAGUAUAUGAAUUUCCUCACUGAGAGGGUACACGUUGAA